AUGUCUACAGAGAAAACAUCUCCAUCAUGGGACGAUCUUAUUAAAAGUUGUAGUUUAAAAUCAUGUACUUGUCAAAUUUAUAAUCGUCAGGCAUCGCCACCUCCCAAUGAUAAGGAUAAAUCAUGUUGUUGUGGUCGUUUAAUUCGUCGUCAUAGUUUCGAUGGUAUUAGUCUAGAAUCUAAAAAUAAAAAUACUGAAUGGAAUCCACCAAAUGAUUUUGGUAUACUUGCUCAUUCAAUUAAAGUUCCUGUAAAUGUAUUUGGAAGAAUAAAAUCUACUGAUUGUAAAUUUGUUCGAAUAGAUCUUCGAUCGAAAUUAAAAGAUAUUUAUGAUUUACUUGUUGAUGAUUGUGGUGGUGAUGGACAUAAGCCAAGUUUAAUACUAAGUGUUUACGGUGGUGCAAAAUAUUUUCUUGUACCAGAAAAACUUGAAAAAGAAAUAAUACGAGGAAUUGUUGAUGCUGCUAGUGGAACUGAUACUUGGAUUUUAACUGCUGGAAUUAAUAAUGGUGUAUCAAAAUUAGUUGGGGAAGGUAUUUCACAUUAUCGUCUUUUAAGAGAAUAUCCAAAUAAAGUUAAAUGUAUUGGAAUGACAAUGUGGGGUACAGUUAAUGAAAGUACACGUUUUGAACUUAAACAUACAACAGAUACUUAUCCAAGAGAUUUUCUUCAUCGACAAAUAUCUGAUAAUAUUCAAGAAGAUAAAGAAACAAUGGAAAAAAAUCAUACACAUUGUAUUUUAUUUGAUGAUGGUCAAUUAUCUGGAUAUCUUGGUGAUGUACAACGUCAUGGAUUAGUUGUAUAUGCAUGUCAACAAGAAAAGCAUACAUGUUAUGGUGUCACAAUUAUUGUAGAAGGAGGUUUCAAUACUCUUGAAGUUAUUGAAAAUGAUAUUAAAGAACAUCGACCUAUUGUACUCAUUAAAGGUAGUGGUCGUUUAGCUGAUACACUUGCUACAUUAAUUGAACAAAGUUCAACUACUGAAAAAACUGAUCAAAAUUAUCCAACUGAUGAAGAAAUUAAAAAAGUUGUACAAUAUUUUAUUCCUACUCCUGGUCAUACUGAAAUGAAUUCAACAAUAACACGAAUAAAAAAUAUUUUAAAAAAAGACAAUCGAUAUUUAUUAAAUGUUUUUUCUUUAAGUGAUGAUAAUAAUAUGGCUCAGACAAUAUUCAAUGCUAUUUUUGUAAAAAUUAAGAAAAACGUUAUCAAUGAUAAUACUAAUAAGAAAAAUAAUCAAGAACAACAAGGUCAAAAUGAUGAAGAUAAAUUAAUAAAUUUAGCUCUUGAAUGGAAUUAUUUUGAAGGUGUUUUACCGAUUUUACAUACACGGCAAGAUACUAAACUUCGAGUAACUGACACUAUACAUCGAUUGAAUCAAACUAAACGGAAACUAACUAAAGAUAAACUUCGACUAACUGGAGCUGAACUUCUUCGAACUGAAAAUGAACUUCAACAAGCUGAAGAUGAACUUCGACUAAUUGAUACAACAAUUCAAAAAUACAUCGAAUACGAAAAAGAUUUAUUUAAAAGAUCACUCGAAAAAAAUCGUCCUAAAUUUGUUGAAUAUUUAUUAGCUGCUAAUUCUGAUCCACUUAUUCUUAUUGAAACUGGAGAUACAUCAAAACGUCAUGAAACUAUUUCAAAUCUAUAUAAACAAUGUCAUACUCAAAUGAAUAAAAAUCAUUCGAAAUAUAUAACAACAUUAUUUGGUACAAUUUCAUCUAAAACAAUAGAAGAACUUGAUUUGAAAUUGAGAAGAUUUGUUGGUUCAUUUAUUGGACCAAUUUAUUCAUGUGAACAUGAUAGUACUAAAAAACGUGUUCUUAUUGAUUUAAAAACUUCUAUUUCUACUUGUUCUGAGUUUGAACAAGCCGAUGAUAAUCAAUCUACUUCCAAUAACGAUUAUAAACUUCCAUAUACAAAAGAUCAUUUAUUACGUGAUCUUUUCUUAAUGUCAAUUUUUUUGGAUAUGCCUGAAAUGGCUAAAAUAAUUCUUAUUCAUAUACCAUCUCGUAUAUGUGCAGCACUUGUCGCUUCAGCUAUAUUUAAAAGAUAUGCUAAAUCAUCAACAACAAUUUAUCUUAAAAAUAAAUUUCAAAAUCAAGCACUUGAAUUUGAAACAUAUGCUGGAAUGUUUAUUGAUAAAUGUUAUGAAUUUAAUGAAAGAAUAGCUUGUGAAUUACUUUUACGACAAAUACCACUUUUUGGUAAUAUUACACCUAUGCAGGUAGCUAUAUCAAGUGAAAGUGGAAAAUUACUUGAAACAGCUUGUUUUGAUCAAACAUUAGCUCAAGUAUGGUAUAAUAAAUUAUCAAUUGAAAAUCAUCAAAUUUUUGCAAAACUCCUACAAAUACCUACAAUAUUAACUUUAGGUCUCUCAGCUCCGCUAGCAAUAACCUAUCGAGAUGUAGAAAUUGAAGUCGCCGAUAGAUCAUUAUCAUCAGAUGGUAUAAAUUAUUAUAUGAAUAAAAAAAUCUCGACAACACAUCCAUGUAUAAAAUAUUGGUUAUUAUUUAAAUAUUUUCAUCAGAGUCCAAUGGUAAAAAUGUGUUAUCAUUUUAUAAGUUACAUUUUCUUUUUACUUGUAUUUAGUUAUAUGAUGCUCUAUCAUCUUGAUUCGGGAGAUCCAGAUAUUAAACCUCAUUGGACUGAAAUUUAUGUUAUUAUUACAAUUUCAACAAUGUUUUGUGAAGAAGUUCGAAAAAUAUAUCAUGAAUAUAAAACACGAAUGACUGAACGAUGGGGUUCAACUGGAUCAUUUCUUCUAACAGUGUUAACCAAUGCAUUUUACAUAAUACCUUAUUUUCUUUUUUAUUUGGGUCUUGGAUUUCGUUAUCGAGCUUAUAAUGAAAAUAUUAUAUCGACAGCAAGAAUUAUUUGGGCAUUUGAUCUUGAAUUAUGGUAUCUUCGAUCACUUCGAUUUAUUGUGGUUUUAAAAUUUAUAGGUCCAAAAUUGUUUAUGCUUAAAAAUAUGCUUCGAGAUCUAUUUGCUUUUGUCUAUAUAAUCUUUAUAGCAAUAGCUGCAUAUGGUGUUGUAUCUCGAUCAUUAAUUUUUUAUAACCAAAUUCCAUUUACUAUUAAUGAUAUAUUUAAAGGUAUUUUAUAUGAACCAUAUUGGUUUAUAUAUGGUGAUGUUAGUGAUAAAGCUUUACUUGAUGAAAUAAUUAAUAAUGGAACUCAAUCAUAUGUCGCUGAAGCAACAGCUACUCAUGUUUUAUUAGCUUUUCAUAUGUUAUUUAUUAAUAUUCUUAUACUUAAUUUAUUAAUUGCUGUUUUUACUCGUACAAUUGAUGAUAUUCAAGAAAAUACAGAAUUUUAUUGGCGUUAUCAACGUUAUACAUUUGUUCGUGAAUAUUUUGAACGUCCACCACUUGCAUAUCCACCAUUAAUUAUUUUUACACAUAUUAUUUUUCUUUUUAUUGCUUUAAAACGUAAAUUGUGCCCAAAGCUAUGUGAAAGUCAAGUAACACAUGAAAAUGAUAAAUCAAAAUCCAAAACAGUAACACGUAUUUUUAAAAUGAUUCCAGUAGAUAUGUCUCAAGUUAAUGAACAAUGGGAUAUAUUUGAAAAUGCAGCAACACAAAGUUAUGCUCGGACAAUUUUUGAAAAGAAUAAAAAGAAAAAUGAUUUAUCAAUUGAUGAAAAUAUUCCCACAAAAAAACUUCUUACUAUUGAUAAUAAUGAAACACAAUUGGAUAAUAAUGAACAACAGAUAAUAGGAAAUUUAAAAGAAGAAAUAAUGACAUUAAAAUCAGUUGUGGCUAAAAAUAAUGUACGAAUGGAAAAACAUGCACAUGAUGUUAAUAAAUCACUUGAUUGGAUAAUGCAAGCAAUUGCAAGAGUUAAAAUGAAUGAUCCGAAUAAACCACCAGUGGAUUUAGAAUCGAUAGUUUUACAAGAUAAGACAUUAUCUGGUAGUCAAACAGCAAAAAAUCCUACACAAUAA